AUGUCUACCAAUAUCACCCAUUUGAUCAACACUUCUACCCGUUCACUGGAGGAAGGCGGCAACAUCGCGCUGCCCAACGGGGUCAAUAUGAGUACGAAGCCUGGCCGCUCAAACAUUCUCGUGAAUACUGGACCAUCCUUGUCGUACAACGGCACGUCAAUGGAGGCAGCUGCCCUCUUCAACUACUUUGGCGUGUACUGCCUGAAGCCCGACGGGAAUGUUGAGCUGAUCCUAGGAGUCGAGGUUAUUCUUCACUGGUGUCUAAACACAUACGAGGUCCGGAUCGAAAAUAACGUCCUCAAUCUCACUGCAGUACUGUCACAUACCGAAAUCCAAGCCGAGGAGGUCAAUUCGUCAACAGCAGUUGAGCGUUUCCCAGAGCAGUACCUCAUAACACCCAUGGAAAAGAACGCAAGAUAUCUGUUCGGAUCCACUGGUGUGGAAGAACUUCGCGGGCUUCUCAACUACUCAUUAGCCGGUUUUAGCGUUGAUACUGGAGAGAAUCUGAUUUCAAGUGGGAGUGACAUGCUGAUGCAAGGGGUUGAUGAGAUGGAAUGCGAGCACAAGGAUAAGAAUUCAACAAUGUGGUGGUGGGACGCCGUGUCGAGCAUGGCCAGAAAUGUGGGAACUGGCCUAACAAACUCGUGA